AUGUUUUGGGCGUGUCAAAGGCCCGUUAUGGCGGCUAUGAAGGCAAAGCUGCAGAUGCCGACGAAGGCGAAGCGCAGAUACCCUGGCUUCGAAGAGUUCUCUCCGCCUUCCGCGCAAGGCAAGUCACCCGCGCCGUCAGCUUCGGACUUGGAUUUCUGCCUCUGGAUUCAAGAGGAAGCCGCCAUUUGCCAGCCCGCCAAACAUGCCAAGAUCGAGCCGACUACGGUAAAACGUCUCUGCCUGAGCCUUCGCCCUCCUCGAAUGCGUGUGCCGCAGCAGAAACUGAUGUUCCCCUCUCCGGAAAGAUUGCCCCAACUCCGCGGCUGGCAAUGGGAGAACGUUGCCGAGCUUCUGCUGGGCUACGACAUCGAUCCGGACAUCAAUACCGUGCGGUGCAUCAGCUACGGUCGCUGGCUUCACAUCUCUGCUACCUCAAGCACUGAUCUUUGUGAAGUGCUGAUGUCUAGCAGAGCAGACAUCGCUGCACGCACAGCAGAUCGGGAUACCCCGCUCCACUUUGCGAACUGUUUCCAGCAGCUGGACACCAUCGAGCUGCUCUUGAAAGCAGGCGCAGAUGCCUCGGCCGCAAACAACUUCGGCGUGGUUCCGCUGCAUGUAGCUGUGGCUUAUGCGGGCCUUGAGCGACUCGAGUUGCGAGAGGCGAAGGCAACUCUGCUGCUUUGCGCCUAUGGUGCCAAACUGGAUGCCAGGGACCAUCAUGGCCACACGCCUGCGGCGGUGGCACGGAUGGCAGGCGCUCACAGUUCCUUGAUCGACUUCCUCGAGUCUGCAAGUGAGGACUAUCAGGCGACUGCACAGGAGUUGCUGAAUGCUGUGGACGAGGAGGCGGAAGACUUCGCCUCCAGCUCCCUAGCGCUGAAGGCCAUGCAGAGCGAGAAAACCGCAGGAAGUGAGGGAUGGGCGCCGCCGUCCCCCAGCGUGGCAAGGGCGAGAGCGAACUCGUAUGCGGGACAAGAUAUGCAGCUGACGGAGGAGAACUCGCGCCUGUCACAGGAGACCAAGCGGCUUCAGAAGGAGCUUGAUGAGCACCUUCGGCAGCACAUGGACUGGACCCGGCCAGAACUCAGAUCCCUUCUGACACUUCUGCGACGUAUUGAGACGUGCUCCGUCGUGCUGCCCAAGAUGGCUGACUUGUGGCGGCGCUGCUCAGGCACCCGCCUCAGCGUCUCGGAGGCUCCCGGAGCAGGGGCAUUCCAGGCCGUCCGCGACGACAUGGAGAAGGAGAUGGGCGAGCUCCGGCAGCGACAAGAGGAUCUGGGCUUCGACCCGAGUGCUAUCAAGUGGUACUUGAGAAAUUGUGAGCGCAAGGAGCGAGAGUCCUUGCUCCGGCAACUGGAGGAGGCGGCCGAGAAGCAGGAACGAGCCGAGGCCACCGUGAAGCGCAUCACGGCAGAGCGCAACGAAGCCUUGGAGCGAACUGCGGUCAAGGACGUCUCAAGGCCGUCUUCGGCGGUCACCCGACAGGCUGCCGAACAAGCGGCCGCGCAAGAUGCUGCGCUCUUUGCCAAAGAAGAAGCCCUGAGUCAGAAGGAUGCAGAGCUGCAAGCAAAAGCGCAAGCUGAGCAAGAGGCCCUGGAGGCCCUGCAAGCCAAAGAUGCUGAGCUUGAACGCCUCACCACUGAAUUGCAAGCGAUGAAGUCUCAAGCGGACCGCUCCGGCAAAGAUCUGGAGGAGAGAUCCGCCGAGCUGUCUCAAAAAGAGGCCGACGUGCUGAGCCGCAAGGCUGAGGUGCAGCGCCUGAACGGCGAGCUCGAGCGGCAGGCGAGUGAGAAGGAAGAGAUGUGGAAGAACCUCACUGAGCUACGAGCGCAGCAUAAGGAGCUCAGGGAGCAGCAGAGCAAGACCAGCCAAGAGCUCGGAGCCGUGCAAAUGCAGCUGCAGGAGAGGGAGGUGGAGCUGGAAGGUCAGUUGAAGGAGAAGGAGCUCACCAUCCAAAAGCUCGAGGAAGAUGCAGAGCAGUUGACCGGCCAGGUGGCGGAGCUCAGCGGCGUGCGGGAACGGGCAGAGCAGGCAGAGAAGAUGCUUGAGCCUUGGAAGAAGCGGACCGAAGAAGUUCAUGAAGCCUUCCAGAAGGAGCAGGCGCUUCGAAAGCGCUACCACAAUCAGAUGCAGGACAUGAAAGGUGCCAUUCGUGUCUUCGCAAGAAUACGUCCCAAAGUUUCCCGAGAAGCUGACCAAGAGAUCUCCGUCUGGAGACGGGAUGCCUUUUCGCUGGAAUGUGCCGCGAAAGACAAGAAGUCGACUGCGAAGGACUACAACUUCGACGCUGUCUUUGAUGAGCACAACAGCCAAGAGGACGUCUUCGCUGACUGCCGUGGAUUGAUCGGCUCGGCCGUCGACGGCUUCAAUGUCACGGUGUUCGCCUACGGCCAAACUGGUGCCGGGAAGACCCACACCAUGUACGGGAACGAGGUCCGAAGCUCGUGCUCAAGCUUCAAGUACAACGUGAUCACAUACUGCCCAGGCGUGCAUGGAGCCCGCUUGCGGCAUGCGACAACUGAACUUCUAAAGGUGUUUAAAUGGAGAAGGCAGGAGCUUUUCGCGGUGUUAGGACGUUAUGCCCACGAAUGCGAGUCGAAAGUCCUUUGCUCGAUGUUUGAGCUCUAUCGUGACGACUUAGUUGACCUCCUCUUCACGAAAGCCAAGGGCAAAGCCCCUCCGGUCCUGGACAUAAAGAAGGAUCCGAGGGGGACGGUGAAGGUGGAGAAUGCUGUCGAAAUCCAGGUGACCAAUCCCGACGAGCUGCAGAAGACGAUCAGCACGGGCAUGGACCGGCGGCAUGUCGCGGCCACGAAGAUGAAUGCAGACUCCUCCCGGUCCCAUUUGAUCUUCAUCGUCACCAUUGAGUCUGUAAACAAGAAGUCGAAGCAGGUCUCCACCGGCAAGCUGACUCUUUGCGAUCUGGCAGGCUCCGAGCGGCUGAAGAAGAGCGAGGUGACAGGCGAACAGAUGAAGGAGGCUCAGUCCAUCAACAAGUCGUUGACGGCACUUGGCGAUGUCAUCGAGGCGCUCACGAAGCAAGCCAAGCACGUGCCCUACCGAAACCAUCGGCUCACGCAGCUGCUCAGCGAUUCACUAGGCGGCAACGCCAAGACGCUGAUGUUCGUCAACUGCUCGCCGGCCUCCGGAAACCUCGAUGAGACUGGUGCAGCGUUGGCCUAUGCCGUUAGGGCCAAGAACAUCGUCAACAAGGUGGAAAAGAAUUCUGACAGCCAGGAAGUGGCACGUCUGAAGAAGGCAGUGUCUACAGGGGCUCUGAGCUGCGUGCGUUUAUUGAUCGAAGCCGGUGCAGAUGUGGAGAAGGCAGAAAGGGAUCAAGCACCUCCACUCACUGCUGCUUGCAGUCAUGGGGAUGUGGAAGUCACUCGGUUGCUUUUACAUGCUCACGCAGACAUUGACCGGAGCCAGAUCGAUGGCUACCGGCAAAUUGCGAGAUUGCUCCUUCAUUGCGGGGUGAACAUAGGUGCUGCGGACAUUGUCGUUCGGCUGCUGCUAGACGCUGGUGCAGACAAGAAAAAAAGUCGCGUAAAGGCUGCACACCGUUACAUGAUGUCUGCACGAGUGGGAGCUGAUGUGGAAAUGGCCCGCCAAGACGGCAUGACGUAUCGCACGCACAAGGAAGGGCCGAAGGUUUCGAAGGGGUCGACCGUUCGCCGUCGCUGUGGUGCAACGGCACCUGACAGCACCUAUCGACAUGCAGCGGCCUGUGUGGUGCAGUUGCUGAGCUCUGAACUCGAGGAGGCGAGGAAGAAAGCCGGAGAUGCCCCACUGCCCAAACUGGGAGACGGCAAUGCAGAGGAGGAACCAUUCCCUUACCGCGUUUCAUUCAUCAUUCAUCUGUACCAGCAGGCCUAUGCCCAGGCCUAUGCCGAGAUGGCACACCUCUUCACAAUCUCUUGGUUUCGCCCACGGGCUAUUGCAAGCAGAGUCGCAGCACCAGACAACACCAAUCAAGCUGCCACGAUUCCAUCGGCAGCUUGGCAUGCAGUGGCUGAUAGCCCCGAGAUCUUCGUGUCCAUGACCCCACAGGAGAUCUUGGCCAACUUCGGCGGCCGGGAGCGUUUGGCGCGCCUGGGCCAGGUGUUCGAGGAGCUCACCAAGAUGGGCUGCGAACUGUUUAUUGUGUCUAUUGGCUUCCGGGACACCUGCAUUCUACCGCACCUCCAGGCUGUGGGUCUUGAGCAGCAUUUCAAGCCGGAGAAUGUGUUCGGCCAAGAUUCCAAAGCUCUGCAGGAGCGCGGCUUCGUGAAGGGGAGGCUGAUCGCCGAUCUCAUGUCGGAUCCCUCACGUGGCUGGUUGCCAACAGAGGCGCUCUUCGUGGAUGACUCGGUUCGCCACACGGAGGCUGCGGCCCCCUUCUGUGAGGUGGUCCGUGUGCGCGGGAAUGGCCUGUCAUUCCUGGAACUUGAUGCUGUGGAGGCUCUUGCACGUGGCGAACGCAGGCCCUUGCCGGGAAGGGUCCCAUGGCAACUGCAUGAAGACGAGGCAGUGAAAGCCUUGGGCAGCUCUGCGCCACUGCCAGGUGCUUGGUAUGUGGUCCAAGCUGAGUCAAGAGAGCCUUGA